UGUCCCCGUCCCAGCAGAGCCUCCUCACACUUCCUCUCCCCUGGUGUGCAGAAGCCGUACGUGUGUAAGAUCCCCGGCUGCACCAAGCGCUACACGGACCCCAGCUCCCUGAGGAAGCACGUGAAGACUGUUCACGGGCCCGAGGCCCACAUCACCAAGAAGCACCGCGGAGACACAGGGCCCCGCGCCCCCGGCACAGCACUGAACCCUGGGGGCCCAGGCUGUGAACUGCUGCUGGAGAAGGAGGAGAGUCGCAGGGAGGACUGCAAACUGCUGGCCCCGGAGAGUGCUCUGAAGUCCCAGCCCAGCCCCGGGGGCCAGUCGUCCUGCAGUAGCGAACGCUCACCACUAGGAAGCGCCAACAACAAUGACAGCGGGGUGGAGAUGAACCUGAACGCAGCAGGCAGCCUGGAGGACCUGACGGGGCUGGAAGAGGGGCUGGGGGGGGCCGGGGGCUCUGGGGGGGCCGGGGGCAGCGAGGCCGGGGGGGGCAUGGCUCUGAAGAGGCUGGAGAACCUAAAGAUCGACAAGCUCAAGCACGUGCGAAGACCCACCCCACCUGGCCGUUGCCCUGGCAACAACAAGCUGCCCACACUCACUGGCCCAGGUGACAUGAUGUCCAUGUGUGCCCCCUCCCCCCUCCUAUCAAACCGCCGCGUCAUGGAGCUAUCCAAUCCCGAGCUGGGGGGCGGAGCCGGCGGCAUGUCCUGUCCAACCAGUGACCGGAGGGGGAGUGGCACCAGCAGCCUAAGCUCCGCCUACACAGUGAGCAGGAGGUCAUCCAUGGUGUCUCCUUACCUGUCCAGCCGGCGAUCCAGCGACGUCUCCCAGAUGGGCGGGGCAGGGGGGAGCCACCUGCUGGGGCCCGACCAGGGGGGGGCGGACCCCCUCUCCCCAGAGACCCACCGCAGAGGGGGCCCCUGCCAUGGGGGCAGCGGGUUGCCAGGUUUGCCCAGCCUCACCCCCGCCCAACAGUACAGUUUGAAAGCAAAGUAUGCAGCAGCUACGGGAGGGCCGCCUCCGACCCCCCUGCCCAGCAUGGAGGCCCCGGGGCCCCCACGGAGGAGGGGGGGCUUCCUGGGGGAGUACCAGAGCCAGCCCCUGCCCCCCUUUCUCCCGCAUGGUGGCCCUCGCAGACACAGCGGCAACACUGAGUACGGAACGGGGGUUAUCUACCCCCACCUGGCGCCCGGCAACGCCACCCGGCGAGCCAGUGACCCCGUGCGAUCCGCCGGCGACCCCCAGAACCUUCCAAGGGUGCAACGCUUCAACAGCCUCAACAACGUGUCGAUGAUGGGGCGAAGGAACGCCCUGCAGCACUGCGGCUCCGACGCCAACCUCUCCCGCCAUCUUUACUCCCCGCCCAGCAUCACUGAGAAUGUCAUGAUGGAGGCCAUGGCUAUGGAGCCCCAAGUCCCCAUGGAAGCCAGGGACCACAGUAUGAUGCAGCCCCCGGGAGAGAGGCCCUUCCUGGGAUACCAGCAGCAGCAGCACCUGGGCGCCCCUCUGACCUCCCAGCUCUCCCCCGGCCACGAAGCUCUGGGCUGCCCUGACCAGGGAUACCAGAACCAGGGUGGGGGCUUGCUCUACCAGGGGCAGCGUGGAGGGAGCGUUGGGGGGCAGAUGGGGGCACAGGUGGGUCCUAUCCACCCCGAGAGCAUCUCCAGCACCCUGCUUCAACAGGCAGAGUACGGCAUGAGCAACUGCCAACUGAGCCCCUCCGGACCUCAUUACCCCAGCCUGGGGCAGGGCGGGGGGGCUGGGGGGGCCAGCCUGGGGCCUUGGGGGGAGCCCAGCCCUGUCCCGAACCCUGCCCAUGCCAUGCAGUACCAGGACCAGGGGAUGCAGACCCAGGUUUCCUUCAGCCAGCAAGGUGUCUAUCCCAGCCCUGACGGAAGCCACAAGCUCACCAUCAAACCAGAACAGCAGUUCCACCCCUCACUGGGAGGGGGUGACACCUGCCAGAACCCCAAGCUCCACCAGAACCACCCCCAGGCCCCCCAGCUAUACCCCAACCCCAGCUGUGACUUCCAGGGCCAGAUGGAGCCCCAGGGGCAGCCGCAGGGCUCCUUCCCCAGCACGGGAGGCUUGAGCCUGGGCUUGGCCGAGGGCCGGAGGUCCCAGACCCCCAUGAUGCAGGUGAAGGAGAUGAUGGUGAGGAACUACGUCCAGUCCCAGCAGGCUCUGAUGUGGGAGCAGCAGCAGGAACAGAGGGGGGUCCCAGGGGGCCCAGGGGGGGGCAAAGCUCCCCUGACCGACUCAAGCAUGGACAUGGGUAACCAGCAGGCCAUGAUGCAGCACAGCCCUCAGAACCAGAACCUCUACCCUGGCCAGGUCUACCCAGCCUACACCAACCAGAACCUGAUGAGCCCCACAGCCCAGGGGAGAGGACCUGUCUCUGUGGCCCAGAAGGAGCAGCAGCUGCUGGGCAUGUCCGGGUCCUGCUACACCCCCGACAUGGUGGUCCCCAGGCCUCCGCAGGGCCGCAAGCCCUUGAGCCGUCAGAACAGCCUUCCCCAGCAGGGGGCGCCCUACCUGGGCAGCUCCCCACACCUCAGCCCCGUCCACUCCACCUCCAGUCCCCGCCGAGCCGUACGACUGCCCCCGGUCCAGCAGAACCACCUGGAGAUGUUCCCCCCCUCCAACAAUAACAACAACAGCCUGUACUACUCCAGCCAACAGAUGGCGCACCAGAACCCCCAAACCGGACCCUGCCUGAACCAGCAGAACCACAAGUCAGCCACUCUCGCCAACCCCGAGUCGGGCCCCUUCUCUAAUGCUCUGGAGAACCUGGACCUGGACAACGCCCAGAUCGACUUCACUUCCAUCAUCGACGACCCUGACCCCUCCUCCUUCAGCCCGGUCCCGCCCCUCCUGCAGCAAGGCUCCGCCUCCCAGGGGUCGUCCAGACUGACCACGCCCCAGACCUCCCUCAACAUGGCGGUGGGGGACAUGACUUCCAUGCUGACCUCACUAGCCGGGGAGAAUAAGUACCUCAACACCCUGUCGUAGACGCAGUCGAGAGAUUGUACUUUCACAGUACACACAGCAAACAACUGGACCUGAACUGUCACAGCCGUGUGGGACCCAAACACCAAACACGUUGCCACAGAAACAUACUCAAACACACACUCUUAUACGUCCAGGGCCUGAACACAGUAGUUUACUCAUGGAGACAUACAGUAUUAAUCUCUAUGGUCUUAGAGAGGCUGACUUGUCUCUCUCUCACACACACACACAGAACCUAGCCAGGAGGUAUGUUAUGGACACGCCCACAAACCAGCCUUCCUUUUUUCUAACCAAGGGGCCUGGCUCCUGUGCCCAUUACAGACAGACAGACUGGCUGGAUGACAGAGAGGGUUCUCCUGUCAUCCAGCCUGGAGCUCAUCCCUGGGCUCUGCCCUGCCUGGCCUGGGAGGCAGAGAAGCCCUGCCAUGCCCGGGUGAAGACAGACACACAGAAGCCACUUGUAAAUAAAGAAUUUCUUUUAAAUCUUCUAUAUAUAUACAGAAAUAUGAAAAGAUUGUGAGAGUAGAGUUCUGGGGACCUCCGGAGUGUUCUGGAAUUGUUCUGGGAGAGUUCCGGAGUGUUCUGGGAGUGUUCCGGAGUGUUCUGGGAUUGUUCUGGGAUUGUUCUGGGAUUGUUCUCGGAGAGUCCUGGAACAGGAGCUGAGAAAAUAAGUAUCUGAACCACGACGACUGCUACAGCCACAAACCAUCCACACUCAUCCAGCAGUGAACUAGGUACCAGCAGUGAACUAGGUACCAGUUAUGGACAUGCAAAGCAAGUACAGCUGUGUUCCAGCUACCAGCAGUGGACUUGCACACUAAAUACCAGCAGUGGACAAAGGUACUGGCUGUGGACUAGGUACCAGCUGUGUUCUAGGUACUAGUUGUGGACUAGGUACAGUAUUAGACUAGGACGUACUAGGACUAGAUAUCUCAUGGAGGUACCAGGUCUAGGCAGGUCUGGGUACUAGCUAGGAGGGAUGAGUAUAGCUCAGUGGUUAGAGCAUUCAACUGCAUAUCAAGAGGUUACAGUUUCAAAUCCCUCCCUUUACAUCAAAUUGGAUAAAAGGUUCUGCUAAAUGGAUACAUUAUUAUCAUCUGUAAAGUAGGUCCCUAGGGGACAUAGCAGGAGUAGCAUAGCUGGGGUGGA